AUGACGAGCUGGGAUGGCGACGGGCUGGCUGAAGUGGGGGUGACAGAGCUUGAAGUGAUGGCAACAGAGCUGGAAGCAGGGCUUGAGGAAGCCGGGCUGGAAGAGGCUGGGCUUGAAGCCGGGCUUGAAGAAGCAGAGCUGGAAACACGGCUUGAAGAAGCUGCGCUCGAGAUAGGGCUUGAGGAGGCUGAGCUCGAGACAGGAAUUGAAGCAGCUGGGCUCGAUACAGGGCUGGAGGACGCGGAGCUCGAAGCAGGAGUGGAAGCUGCUGAGCUUGACGCAGCGCUUGAAGAAGCGGGGCUCGAUGCAGGACUCGAUGCAGGACUCGAUGCAGGACUCGAUGCAGGACUCGAUGCAGGACUCGAUGCAGGGCUCGAGGAAGCAGAACUGGAUGAUGGGCGUGCAGAUGAGCUAGGAGAAGCGGGCGAGGACGAUGCGGCCGGAGUAGAGCUCGGUGUCGGGGUAACAGUAGUCACGCUUACGACGGUGGUAGUAGCGACGGAGGCUGAAGAGGGCGAUGGAAUAGGAGAUGGUGAAGCGGAUGAGCUGGAAGAAGCAAGCGAGGGCGACACGAUGGAAGCGGAGCUCGAUGGAGUAGCCGUAGUGACGCUUACCACUGUGGUGGUGACAACAGAGGCUGAGCUUGGCGAAGGAAUGGGGGAAGGCGAGAAGGAUGAGCUCGAGACUGGUAUGGAAAUUGGCCUCGAAGAUGAGCUCGGGACUGAUACGGCGGAUGAGCUUGGCGAUGGGAUAGGGGAAGGCGAAGAAAAUGAGCUCGGUGAUGGAAUGGAGAAAGGCGAAGAAAUUGAGCUCGGCGUUGGCGUAACUGUUGAGACGACGACCGUGGUGGUAGUAGACACUUGUGCCGACGAUGAUGGUAUAGCCGGAAUAGAGGAUGAUGGGACAGCUGGAACAGAGGAUGAUCGGGAAGACGAUGACACGAUGGGCGCCGGAGACGAACUGGGGCAAACGGUAAACGUCUGUGUGAUAGCGCUGGUGACUGGGAAUGUGAAAGUAGCGAUGUUUGUCUGUGUACUGGUGGCAGAGGCGGAAGAGACUGUAGUAGUCGCCGCAGGCCUAACAGGCGCAAACGCAACGUUGGUAGCAGUAGCAGUCGUCUGA